GCCGCACCCCCCCCCGCGCGCGGCCGCUCCAGCGGUCGGUGCCGCCGCUGCCGCCGCUACCCCCCCUUCCCCGGUGCCGGCUCCCGCUCGCGCUUCCCGCCCCGCCCCGCGGGGCACGGCGCCCGGAUGUGGGGCCCUUCCGGGGGCCAGGCCCGCCCGCCGCCGCCCCGCCCCGCCCCGCCUCGCCGGGAGCCUCGCCGCCGCGGCUGCCCAUGGAGGCCGAGGCCGAGACGCGGCUCCUCUUGCAGGAGGCUCGGGAGAGCAUCGAGGCGGCGCGGAGCUACCGGCGGGAGCUGGAGCAGCGGCUGCGGGGGCUGCACCAGGCGCGGAAGCAGAUCAGAGAAAGUGCAACAUUGACCAGAGAUGUACUUGAGCAACAUUUUAAUGAUUUGAAAGGGACCCUAAAGAAGCUGUUGGAUGAGCGACUGAUGUCACUGCUGCAGGAAGUGGAUGCUAUAGAACAAGAAAGCAUCAAACCCUUGGAUGAAUGCCAGAAGCUAAUAGAGCAUGGAGUCAGCACAGCUGAUGAUCUGCUCCGGGAAGGAGAGAGCGCAGUCCAUGGAGAUGCGGGACAACAGAAUGAGAAACUGUGCAGCUUUACAGAAAAAGCUUUACAUAUUCAGCUAGAUAGCUUACCAGAAGUGCCCUCCUUGGUUGACGUGCCUUGUUUAUCUGCCCAGUUGGAUGACUGCCUUCUUACUAUAUUAAAAAACCAAAUAUUCAGACAUGGAACUGUGGCAUCUCGCCCACCUGUACAGCUAGAGGAAUUCGUUGAGAAGCCUGGAGGUAUUUUAGUUCGAUGGUGUAAGGUGGAUGAUGACUUCAUACCACAAGAUUACAGACUGCAAUAUCGUAAGAGUACUGCCAGUCACUUUGAAGAUGUGUAUGUCGGCUCGGAGACAGAGUUCAUAGUGCUGCAUAUUGAUCCUAACGUUGAUUACCAGUUCAGAGUCUGUGCCCGAGGAGAUGGACGGCAAGAGUGGAGUCCGUGGAGCGUUCCUCAGAUCGGCUGUACCACGCUAGUUCCCCAUGAAUGGACAACUGGUUUGGAGGGUUACAGCUUGAGCAGUCGAAGAAACAUAGCACUUCGAAAUGAUUCUCAGUCAUGCGGUGUGCUCUACUCCAAAGCUCCUACUUAUUUCUGUGGGCAAACAUUAACAUUCAGAAUUGAAACUGUGGGACAGCCAGACAGACGGGACAGCCUGGGAGUGUGUGUGGAGCAGCAGAACGGCUAUGAUUCUUUGCAGCGGGAUAAGGCUGUGUGCAUUAGCACAAAUGGGGCAGUAUUUGUAAAUGGAAAAGAGAUGACAAACCAGCUGCCUGCUGUUACUUCUGGAUCAACUGUGACGUUUGACAUGGAAGCUGUGCAGUUAGGGCCUUCCAGCAGCGAGGGAGGAAACUUCAAGCUUAGAGUAACCAUCAGCUCAAACAACAGAGAAGUGGUCUUUGACUGGGUACUUGAUCAGUGCUGUGUCUCUUUGUAUUUUGGAUGUUCAUUUUCAUACCCAGGCUGGAAAGUUUUGGUGUUUUAGCCGUGAGUAAAGGGAUUUUUGUUCUUGCUUUAGAGCAUAAUGUUAAAACCUGGGUUUCCAGCUGUUUGACAACAACAAUCUGUUAAAACCCUGCCUUUAUACUACUUGAACGCCACUAUAUUGUACUUCCUACUGGAUUCAUUUCAAAAAAUAGUUGUGAAACAUUGGAUUUGUUACUCUGGAAAAAGUUAGAAACAGGCAUUUGCGUAGGCAAAUUAAUUUAAGCAGUCCUCCAGACUUGAUUUUUGUCAGUAUUUCAUUGUACUCUAGUCUCAGGGUACACGCGUUGUAUAGAAUUAACUUUGCUUAAUGCUGCUGUUCUGUGAAAUAAGCCUGUAAACGUUUAGGGGGGUGGAGGGGUAGUAACGGACCAAAGUUUUAUUUAUACUACUCAAAAAGAACAAAGUGCGUAGAGCAGUGAUGUCCUGCUAUGCUUCCUUGUACACAAUGCUGCCUUAACAGUAUGAAUGGAUAUAGUGGGUUCUGCAUGCAACAGCAAUUUCUUCCAUGCACGGUACUGUUCAUUCCUCCAGAGCAAGGAUGUCUGAGCCAUAAUGUCUGUUUAAAGAUGUAGCCAGUCUGGUAAUGUCUCACUUAAGUGCCUUAUCUCCAGCUAUUUCUUGAACAGUUUUCUGUUGUCACUUGGAACAUUUCUAGAGUAGUUGCACGGUGAUGCUUACAUCAGCUUAACGCAGAUGCUUGCCUCAAACUAGACCAAUACCUAGAGUAGGACGGUUAUCCUUAUCUGCUCUGAACGUCUUCUCUAGUUCUGAUUUCCCACGUAGCCUAGGCCAGAGCAAGUCUUAGCAAUUAGCACUCAGGCAUGACAUGCAGAUGGCAGCCGUGAUUCCUCACAGAGCCCUUCUAAGACCUGGAGACGAGGGCAGCGCUGGUCCCAUGUGAAGGAUUCCUGGGAACACCUGGCAUCCACGGGCCAUAGGGCAGGUUUCUGGUCCAAGCGCUGGGGAUGGACUAGGCCACCCAAGCAAGACGGGGCUGCUACUGGAGAUCCACUGUGGGAGAUAAUGGAGAUGGGCUUUGGGUAUGGGCUUAAGGCGGACCCUGCUGGCACAGAUUUAACCUGCGGCGGUCAAAAUGGAGCAGAUGGUGGUAAUUUAGCUCUCCUCCAUGUAGUAGAGUGGGAUAAGAAAUUAUUAUGAAUUAAUUGACUUUGAAUUCAGAAGUUACCACCAUUUCCCCUAAGGAGCAACUAAGAUUUAAAAUGAGCUUAUCAAAGAGAGCCUAUUCCUGAGCAAAAGAUAGCAGACCUGCUGCAUUUAAAGAAUAUUUUAAAGUAAUGCUCACUAAGGGCCUUAAAAGGGACCUUCUUACCUCAACUUCAAUUAAAAUUAAAUAUAUUUUAGCAUGUUAGAAUAGCAAUAUUUUUAUAAAACCUAGACAAUCAUUCUACCCUUUUUCCUUCAGUGUCAACAUGCUACAUUAGCCCUCUAUGCUAGCAUAAAAAGCUUAAUUUACAUUGGAUCAAUAGCCCCCAUGCUCACAUUGCCAGUACAAAAAGAUUAGUCAUCUGCCUGCAUUUUUUGCCCCAGGCAUCUGUAGUAGGGGUACGUGAAUCUCAGAAGAGAAUAUUUAUACCAUUUACAAGAAAAAAAAAAAAUUGUGAGUAGAUUCAGAGGGAUGCAAAGAACUUGCACAUGGUAGAGUUAGGUUGGAAUUUAUGUAAGACACGAAUUGCGGAAGCCUGGACACCUACAGGUAAGAUAAUCCAGUGUUAGCAACAAAAAGCCUGCAGGAUUCUGUUCUUCAAGCUUAACUAAUUCACCGUUAGGGAGUAAGAGAAUACUAGCUUAUGCUGUACUUUCAGUGUUCCUUUCAAUUAUCCUGUGAAGAGUGUUUUCAAAUAUGGUUCUUUUCCUAUAGCCAGGAAGGUUCAGUAGGUGACCAAACAGUAUCAGCCCUGUGUAGAGUCAGGCUGGCAGUCCAGCUCCCAGCCGCCUUAAAUCUUGCUCCACCAAGUAGCGCUGGUAGUUGUCAGGUACUAGUUGUAACUUAGUACUUUUAGCAUAUGGAAACUAAAAUUGUGAAUAUACACUGCUGAGGCACCGACAGCUCGGGUGCCUUUUCAUCUGCUUUUGGAGGGGCCAGUCAGACCAGUGGGUCUGCGGGAUAUUUACUGGCAUAUUAGAAAAUAAAGCUUAAGCCUCAGGUACUUGCAGAGAUGGUAACGCCGUGUCAGUUUGUUCAGAACACACAGACAAAGCAGCUUAAGAUGACUGUGAAGGGCCGCAGGAGGCCCAACCGCUCCCCCCGAGAGCUGAGGAUGGCGAUAGCAGUAGUUUGACUUUGGCCUUGAGCUGCAUGUUGAACAAGGGCAGCUUGCCAAUGGUGGGCAAAGGGUGGUGUCCAAAUUGUGAAUUAGGUACUGUUCAGCCACCUCUUAGAGCUGCACCUUUUAACCCUGGGAAGGGUGAGCCUCAGGGCGAGAGACCCGAGUAAUAACGUAACAAAGUAUGUAAAGAAUCAGAAGAGGCUUGAAUUGAAAAGGUUGAAAUUCUGUUCUUCCACAGCAGAGUUCAGCUAGGCAGAAAACUUGACACUUCCCUUACAAUUUUUCACCUCUAGCUGUUGGAGCCUUGCAAGCAAGAGUGUCAACUGCUUAUGAAAUCCAGUCCUGAAAGUUGUUUUCUUAAGCUAGUACAUUCACUUACCUCAACUAAGACUUAUGUGUCAAGUGAAAUUUGAAUUUUUUUAAAUAAAAUUUUAUCCCUCAA